AUGUCGGACCCAAAGCGCACGCGUCUCUCAGGCGAUGCCUUGUUGCUGCAAGAGGGUAGCAAUAGAGCCAUGGCCGCGCCGCUGCACACCUGGUUCACUUCGCCCGCGCGGACGCACAGCAACUUAGCGCAGGCGAAAGAGUUGCCCUUGCACCUGAUCCAGCUCAUCCUCACACACCUCGACGAUGUCGGUGACCUCGCGCGCAUCACGCGCACAUCGCGUCUGUUCUACUACAUGACGCUUCCGCGGCUCUACGAGACGGUCACGUUACACUCGUACGCCGAGAUACGAUACGUAGAUGGCAGGCCAGAAGGCUACGGCAAUGGCAGCCCGUUUGCCAUGGGCCUCAAUACGCUCGUGUCGCGCAACUUUGGCGACUACAUACAGACAUUCCGGGUCAAAGGCGACUGGCGAGAACAUGAUACCGAGGAAUACAAGCAGGGCCGAGUGCCGGACAACAGCAUGAUACUGCAAGUUGUCAUGCGUGCCGCCAUCGACAAGAUGAAGACCCUCAAGGCUUUCGCUUGGGAGCUGAGCACUCCUCCUUUGUAUACCGUUUACCAGGGCAUCACAGCCAGGACAUCGCUUGUCUCGCUCACCCUUCGGUGUCAGACCAAACGAAUACCACGGCCGACCACCAUUAUACCUCCGCUUCCGAACCUGACCACUCUAAUCGUGUACGAUAUCGAUCCUCUCUGCUACCCCGACGAUAUCUCGCUGCUUCUGCUGGGCUCCAAAAAGCUCGAGCACCUCACAUUACACUGGAGUCCGCGCAUGAGGGCUGUAGGGGAAGAGUCAGUUUCGCUGCACUCGUUAUUCGGACGCUGCAUGUCUGCCAAGUAUUCUAUACCUCUCAAGCACCUGGGACUAUACAACAUCUACACCCGCUUCUCUGACGAUGGCUUCCACCAUGUUAUCCGCCCCGACACCAAUACAGAGCUCACCCUGAUCAACGCCAUGGGCUCCUCGGACCCUAUGACCGUUUUUGCCGACGACUCUUGGAGGAUACACAGUAAUCACCCGACGCCUCACAACCUGAAGGUGAUGCGCACCGAUAAUACGGAUAAAGAGAGCGCUGUUAUGCUAGGUAAAUUCAAGGGCAUGGAGCGGUUGUACAUUGUCUUUGCUCUAGUGCCCAAGCUUUGGGCCGUCCGUUUUCUAUUCCGCCCAAGCUCUGACACAAGCGAGGCGCCGUAUCAAAUCCAAGAUGCUGAGAUGCAUGCCUUCGCGAUUGGAACAGAGUUCUGGCGACCGGAGUACAAGAACGUCAAGUACGUUGGCUACGGCGACAGCAUCGUUCUCAAGCUAGGCGACGUUUACUACCCAUCAAAUAAGGACUCGACACCGAGCAGCCAUGACAAUAGCUUGAACGCGAAAAGAGCAGGACCAAUAAGAAAAGUAACAGUUGUGAAAAGGGAAGACGUAAAUCACAUCGAGAUUUGGGGAAAGGACACCACAGAAUUCGAUCCCUUGAACCCUUGA